GAAGAGCUCGGAGUGGAGUGUCCAGAAAAGAGCUAUAGAAGUGUAACACAUCUAUGACUAGUAAUAGUACCACAGGGGUAACAGAAAGGCGACAUCCUUCCUAGUGUCUGUCCCAGCCGGGCUGCCGUACCGGAAGUCCGGCCGGCGCAAGGCGGAAGAGGAGGUGUGGCCGGGUUAAUGGAGCUGAAGGUUACUCGUAUACAUCUGUACGGAGACAUGAAGAAGUAGGGCUGCAGCUCCACAGCGGGAGAAGGAACAUUUCCGAAACGGAGCGAGGGAGUGGUGCCGCCGCGCCGAGCCGGGCAGCGCCAUGGGGAACACGAGCAGCGAGCGGGCCGGGCUGGAGCGCCAGGGCGAGAAGGGGCAUCGCCGGGGCACCAAGGAUGGGGAGCGCCCCAAGAUCCUGAUGGACAGCCCUGAGGAUGCGGACAUCUUCCACGGGGAGGACAUGAAGGCUCCGCUGGAGAAGGAGGAGUUCCUGGCUUGGCGGCAGGACCUGGAGGUCAGCGACAAGGCCCCGACUCAGGCCCGGCCCACUGUGUUCCGCUGGACCGGCGCUGGCAAGGACGUCUUUGUGUCCGGCUCCUUCAACAACUGGGUCUCGAAGAUCCCCCUGACCCGGAGUCAGAACAACUUCGUGGCCAUAGUGGACCUGCCGGAGGGCGAGCACCAGUACAAGUUCUACGUGGACGGGCAGUGGACCCACGACCCCUCCGAGCCCGUGGUGACGAACCAGCUGGGCACCGUGAACAACUUGAUCCAGGUGAAGAAGACCGACUUCGAAGUGUUCGACGCCCUGCUGGUGGACUCUCUGAAGUCUUCCGAUGUGUCAGGUGAGGCUGCGUGUGCUGCACCCCACACUGCGCCCUGGAAGGGCUGCACCUGUAUACCUGCACACCUGUACGCCCUGUCCAUCAAGGACGGCGUGAUGGUGCUCAGCGCCACUCACCGCUACAAGAAGAAGUUUGUCACCACGCUGCUGUACAAGCCCAUAUGAGCAGGAGCAGGAGCCGGAGCCGGAGCGCAGAGGGGACCCGCCUGGCGGCCAUGUCUGAAUCCUUCUCUGUACGGACUCUUCUACUGCUGUCUCUGUCCCACAUGCACCGUUUCCCCAGUGAUCCUGUCCCGGGGUCCCUGGUCAGUCUGUCUGCCAGGCUGCGCCCUUGUCCCUCCCAGCCUGCAUGGGCUGUCCUGGGCCGGGGUGGGGGGGUGCGAGGGUGGAAGAUGGGACUGUCAGAAGUGGCGUGUGCGUUCCGACAGCUUUAUGGCUUUUUUUUUUCCCAUACCAUCAUGUGGACUUGUAAGAGGUGGUUUUGAAGGACCGGCCAUGACUGAAUUUGCAGCAGCACAGACGUCCAGGUUUGCAUUUAUUUAAGCCCUUUAGUGCCCUCUAGUGGGUGAUGUUCAGAGAUGUGUUUUAUGUUUUGGAUGUUAAAUAAAAAAUCCUCUCUUCUUCUGAAGGUGAUGAUAAAGGUAGAGAGGUGCUAACAUAUCACCCAUGCUGCCAUGGGGAAAUAAUUGCUUCUGUCUGGGUGUGGAUGGUGGGGGGUGGGGGGGGAUUUCUUGGAGGGGGCUGAGCAGAAAGAUUUCAGCUCUCUGGGCCACCAGGGUCUCCUGCUCUGGCUUGGUUGCGGGGCUGAUCUGUGCCUUUGCUUCAGGGAGAUGCGGUUGGGCAUUCAGUGGGCGCUCAGAACUCAAGGAAUCCCUCUAGUUUCCCUGCAAGCAUGUCUGUUAAAUCAGUUGUUGUGGAAUCUCUUCUGGGAGAGAGUGUGGCCCAGGAAGCCCUUCUCUGCCCCCUCAGUGUCACUGAACUGAGAGGCCAGGGUUGCUCCUGGCUGGGACACAGUCCUGUGGGCCCCUACACUGCCCCACCCCCCACCCCCCAGGGCCACAGCACCCCCUCAGGGGCUCUUGUUCACCACCAUGGGCUCAAUGGGGGCAGAGGUCCAUGCCUCUGUUCUGCAUGAAUCCUGCUCUUUUCCCCUGCUUGAGUCGGAGUAGGGAGCUGCAGCAGCACGCGCAGGCUGUGGAGGCGCAGGUCAAGGUUUAUUCCCUGGGGAAAAGAAGCUCACUGUUUCUUCUCCUGUCAGGAAGGAGUAACCUUUUCCUGUUCUUCCCCACCUCCCUGUUGCUGUAUUAACAGCCGAAGUGAAAGGAGGUGUUGAAAGAGGCAGAAGUCCUGCUGGAGCCCAAGAGCAGGAAUGCUUUCCAGCUGGAGGUGGACAAGUGCAUCGUGAGCACAGGACGUUGCACACAGGCUGCUUUUAGGGUUUAAUGUUUCUGUUCCUACUGGCGGGCGAAGGGGCUGAUUCGCGGCCGAGGGAAGGUCAGAGGUGAGCCUGCUCUGUUCGGCCGGCAGCGGUACAGCUCUGGGGGGGGGGACACCGUGCUGGGGCCGUGCCAGCUCGGAGGCUCCUGUCCUCGUGUGAGGUGCCAGCUGUGGGCGUGGGGCACAGGGCUCCCCAGCGUCCCGUGAGCGAGGCCUGUCAGGGUGACGGGACCGCUCAGCCGGCUGCUAGAGAGGGCAGAGAGAGAGAGAGAGGUGCAGAGACACAUCGCCUACAGCUUGACAGUGGACAUUAGCUUCAGUUAAACAGCUUGUCUCUCUAACCAGAAUACUGGAGACCUGCAGCGUGUGAGCAGAGAACAUACUAAACGUCAGAGCAGCUUGCCCGUGUUGUUUCAUCUCUCUAUCUCACACUUGCUCUCGAGUGUCGAGCUCUGCUAGUUCCCCUUGCCAGUCACACACCGGCCUCUUCAGGCUCCAGCCUGCGGCCUGCAGCAUACAGACGGUGACAUCGGGCUUUUCUGAGGAGCCAGCUGGGGGUGAGGACAUACUUUUUUGCAACGACUGCAGAAUUAAAUGUUGAGCUGUGUUUUUCCAAGUGUGUGGAGGGAAUCACUGCCUUGGUUUUUGUCUAGAUACAUUUCCAUAGAUUCAUGGUUUAAAUCUUAAGUUAAAUAUUGCACAUUUUUAUAAGAUAGUGUAGUUUACACCUGUUUAAUACAAGCAGCUCUGAAGAUGGUUAGGAUUAAAGAUCCCUUUGUAUAUUCAAAAACAGCAGAAACAUUGGGCUGAAAUCUCGAUCUACUACAGACUGGCCAGAUGUGAUUUUAUUUGACUUUAGAAUUAUACACAUCAGGAGCAGGUCUGAAGCGGAUGUUUUUUUUCUUUGACUGUUUAAACAAUUAUUUGAAACCUCACCAAUCAGAAUCGCAAGCAUGUAUUCCUAAUGGACCAGCUUUAUAUUUACAUGUGGCAUCCAGUUUUAAUGCAUCAAGAAUAAAAGUGUCAUAUAUCGA